AAAAAAAAAGUCGAAGCAUUUAAAAAAAGGAGGAGCUGAUUGGCUUUCGGUAUCUGUCGUCAAAAGAUAAGGAUUUGAGCAACAUGUUUCGUUUUUACUAUACCUUGAGAGGAGGUCUAAUGAAUUGAUAAAUUGAAUUUUACACGCACUUGUGUUAAAAUUUUAAAUUGAAUCACGUGCUUGCCGAGCUGGCAUUGGGGUUGGGUCUGCAGCUGGAAUUCACUGGAAUUAUUGGUAUUUCAUAAUUGACCAUGGAGGAAGAUUUUGGCUUUGUUCCUCGUGGUAGAGGACGGGGGAUGAUGCGUGGACGUGGCAGGGGCGGCGGCUACCGCGGCGGUGACCUGGAGCGCGGCGGGUACCGCGGUCGGGGGGAGCGCGGCGCUCGCGGCUACCGGGGUCGUGGCGAGCGCGGUGGCCGGGGCGGCUACCCACCGCGCGGCGGUGGCUACGACUCCCCGCGCGGCUACGGCCGCGGCCGCGGCUACCCGAGCCGCCGUGGCGGGAUGGAGCACGGAGACUACGAGCCCAUGGACAGCUACGAGCCGGCUCCCUAUGAGGAGCCCGCGGCCGAGUACGAGCCCAGAGGCCGCCGGAGCUAUGAGCCUCGCGGUCGCGGAGGGUACGAGGGUCGCGGCAGGGGCGGCUAUGAGCCCCGCGGCCGAGGAGGCUACGAACCCAGAGGUCGGGGUGGCUACGAAUCCCGCGGCCGCGGAGGUGGUUAUGAACCCCGCGGCCGUGGAGGGUACGAGCCGCGCGGUCGCGGAGGAUACGAGAGUCGCGGCCGCGGUGGCUACGAACCCAGAGGUCGCGGUGGUUACGAGCCGCGCGGCCGCGGCGGCCGCGGUCGACCUCACUUCGAGGACGCCGGCUACCCGGAGGCGCCGCCGCCCAAGCGCGGCCGCUUCGUGGGCGGCGGCGGCUGGGGCGAGUACCCGCCCGAGGAGCGCGGCUACGCGGCCGAGUACGUGGAGGAGCCGCGGGGGUACGCGGCAGAGCCCCGCCCGUACCGAGGCGGUUACUCCACCUAUGACGCCGAGCCAGUGGAGCCCGGAUACGGAAAGCGGUCAUACGGCGGUGACGACUAUGGCGGCGACCGUUACAACGGCGGUUACAACGGCCGGGCGAUGGACGACGGCUACUCUAACGGUCGCGGAUACGAGGCUGGUGGCCGUUGGUAGUAGGUUACAUGUGCCCAAGGCUGUUGCGCGGGCACGGUAGACCGCUACGGUAGAACGCUGACAAAGGGGCUCCGCACACGCCUGCUAGGCGCUUACUCUAAAGUCGGGUGAUUCCCUCGAGAGCGUGAGAGAGGAACUGAGACAGAGAGAAAGACAGAGCUGACGUGUCUAAGCCACGAGAGAAACUGUGACGUACCUAUGAGUGGCGUGAACAUGCCUGUGAGCUGCGAGACGGGAGUUGACCUUGAUGUCUGCGGAGUCUGGAGCUAGGUUCGACGUAGUGCUGUUUUAUAUGUCGAAUUCACUGAGAUCCACGUUCAUGUACUACUUUCAUCUUACCAUCUUCGUUAGUGGCCGCCAUUCGUUGCUGUUCUUUCUCGCUGGAGAAAGCGAAGGAAAGUAACGGGCGCCCGAUUAGUGUUGUAAGACUAUCUCAUCCUAACCGCGUCAUAAAGGUGGAUGCGCGAACAAUUUCAUUUACUGGCGUCAAAACGUUUUCGGUAAUUUUACGAAAGGAUAAUUGUUGCUUUUUCUGUUUCUUCGGUUAUAGUGUAAGACAUAGCGCGACAAACUUUAAUAUGUACUUACGGAAAUGAAGCCCAUCAUCAGCGUAUUAGUUCCUUCGAUGUCAAUGUCAUUACCUGAUUGGUCGCGAUCAUUGGCAUUUCAAUGUCUCAAUAAAAAUCAUGACGAA